CAUGGCAACAAUGGCAACAACACAUAGUUUAUCAGUCCUCACAAAUUCUAGCGUAAAACCACCCCGAAAUCCAAGAACUGGUUUGUCGCAAUCAUUGCAUGAGCAGCCUAGGCAAACGCUUGGUCGAUAUUCGGGAAUAUUUUAUGAUGAUUACGACAAUCACUUUGGCAAUGAGAAGGAAGUUUAUGACCCAAAAUCCACAUCAAGAAUUCCUAAGACUGCAGAUCCUGCAACCCUGAUACAGUUAAGUAAUCUAUCUGAUGACGAAUUUUACCAAAAGCUUCUUGAACUGAAAGGUGAGCAAAGAAAGGUAUUGCAGAAAUGUGAGAAAAUCUAUAUUGAAAAGCAUAAAGGCGAGAUUGUACCCACCUUCUGUGAUCAGGAUUCUGGAGAAGAAAAAGAGACGUCCGUUGAGAAGCCAUUCAGCAGGACAAGAGACAGACCAUUAAACACAGAUACAUUUGUUGAUGAGGAUGGCGUGCUUGUUUCUACAAAGAGAGCAAAAUCACCCGAGAUUGAAAGAUACUCACCUGAACCACAAAGUGAAACAUCAAAGCCACCCACAGGUCGCCCACCAUUGGCAUUUACUGCUAAAUCUUUUACUUCUCCUGCAAGGCCAAUGUCAGCACCAAUUCCAAGAGAUAUUGCAAGGUCCCUUGAUGACCUAAGAAACUCAGUUAAUGGUCUUAGAAAAUCUUUUGAAGCCAGUGAUGAUGAAUAUAUCCCAGAUGAUACUGUUUCAGAGCCAUACAGAGAACGUGAUCGAUCUUUUUCAAGGAUUGAUGAAAUGUGGCAGAACUUCUCUAUUGAGGAAUAUGCCCCGAGACGUACGCUUAGCAAGGAAAGGCCUUCCUCAGCUUCUAUGACUCGUAAAGAAAAGACAAAGAAAGAAGAAACAUGGAGGCAUAGGUUAACUGUGCCAAAACCAUUUACCAUGACAUUAAGAGAAGAAAGCAAAGAGAAGAAAAAGUCAAGAAAUAUGGUUGAAUUUGAAGAGAAACAAAGUGAGCAGCAAAUCCAGGAGGAAGAGGAAUUAAAAAAGAAAUUCAAGGCUCGACCUGUUCCUGCACAUGUGUAUCUGCCUUUGUUUGAUGAAAUUCAAGACAAGGGCGAGGAACGUAGAAGACAAAUUCGGCAGUCAAGUGCAGACUUACUGAAAUCACAAGAAAAACCUUUCAGCUUCAUGAAAAGAGAAGAAGACAGAAAGCAACAUGAAAGAUUUGACAGGGAUUGUAACCAAAAAGUUGAAAAACAAAUCAAAACAGAGUCAGCACCAGUCUUUAAAGCUAAGCCAGUGCCUAAAUUUGUUUUUGAUUCAUCUGUAGAUGACAAACUUAUGGAAGAGGAGGAAUACAGAAAGAUCAGAAUCAAAAUGAGAGCAGAAGAGCUAUUGCACACAGCAUCUCUACCUCCAAAUAUGAGUGCUAGAGAAAGAAUGAAAGUACAAAAAGAAAGAGAACAAAAACUGAAAAGUAAGAAAAAGAGUGGAAAGAGUGCUGCAAGGCCAAGAAUUAAUCAUGAAGUUCCUAACUAUGAUGCUCUUUAUCGCCAUUUUCAAAAGGAGCUGCAGCGCAGAAAGAGCAUGAAGGAAGGAACAGUGACACAGCCUUUCCGCUUGGAGACAGAAGCCACAAGCAAAUCAGCCAGAGACAAAAUGAAAGAGCAACUUGAGAGAGAAGAGCAGCUUCGGAGAGAAGACAGAUGGCCAUAUGGUACUCAGAAGAAAAUCAAACUUGGUCACAUUUCCACAUCACUUGACUCCCUUCCAUCAAAAUCUACAAGAUCAGCUGACGUCAGAAAUAGUAAAACAAGAACCAAGCUUCAACGGCUCUCAGACAGAGAGAUGGCUGAGAUAGAGGAAGAUCGUCGCCGCCGUGUUCGAGAGAUGAGACUACGCAGAGAGAUACAAGAGAAAACUAAGUAUGACACCCCUCGACAGAAACCUGAGGAUAAGAAGCGGGAAAACAGGGAGGCAGAGCGAGCACGUAUGGAACAGUAUGAACAAGAACUGCAGGAAAUGAAGUCCAGGAUUAGCCGUAGGCCUCUCCUUUUUGAACAGACCACACAGGUGAAUGCCAAGAAAAAGGCAGAGAAGAAAUUUAACGCAACUCUUCGCAGUGUUGGCCUGGACGAAGACUUCGUACAGAGUAGGGGGUCUUGUUCGGCCAGUGUGCAAGAUUACACGGAUGAGUAUGAUGACGACUUUGAAGACACAGCUGUUAAGCACAGGGAAGACACCUACACAAAACGUCGUGAUUCAGAAGGCUCACUGUCACCUGAAGAGGCGGAGUAGUCAUUUAAAACAUUAGAUGAUAUUAUUUUUACUAUGUCUUAAAUGUAUCGCUCAUUUACACUUGUUUAUAGAAAUAAUAGAUAAUUAUGAAUUAGUUAUUUUGUCUAAAUGUCUUGCCCAGACAGACUUAUUUAUAUUAAAAGAGUUUAUUAUUUAUAUAUAUAUUUCAAAUUUAAGUUUUAAAUAAUUUAUCUACAAUGUAUACAUAAAUUUAGAAAAAAUAAACAGAUUGUUUUUGUUUUAUAGAUUAUAAGAUUUUAUUUUUGAAGAUAUUCUAAAACAUUUUUUAUUUUUACAUUUUCUCUUCGCAUUAGCAAAAAGAUAUGGUUUUAUUUAUUUUAGACAGAUAGUAAUCAUAUGCAUUUUCCCUGUUCUGCAAUAUAUUAUUUGAUCAUUAAUUUAAUCAUAUCUUUUAAUGUUCAUAAAGCAUUCAGCAAGACACAAAUUUAAGGGCUUAGCACCCAACAGGUAUUUCUUCUCCUAUAUUAAUAUUGGAGUUAUAUGAAGUUACUUGUGUUUUACGCUGAACCCACAAAUAGUUUAAGCUCCUUUUUACUUUCUGUAUUUGGGAAGAAAACAAGCUUUGCAUAUACAUGUAUAAUCACUAGAUCCACAAUAUGGGUAAUUUUUUAUAGAAUUUAAGCAAAAGGCCACUUUUAAUAAACCUUAUAGUAAGUUGGUUUGGCUUUCCCAGCUGACAAAAAUACCAGCGACCAACAAGUUUUUAAAACUCUCAGCUGGUCGUGUUUUGGUUUUUUCAUUUAAUACUGAAUGUAAGGGUUAGAAAGUAAAAAACUACAUACCUACCCAUGCUUAAAAAGGUGGGUUGGAAAAUGCCAAACAAACAUUUAUUAAUUGUGGCUUAAAUUCAUUUUUUUCAUCAUUCUUAAUUCGGACACAGAAUUAUAUAGAUGUUGUGCAUUUUUGCUUAUUAAUAUUAUGUAGUGUAAUAUGUUUGCCAGAAACAUUGAUAUGUUUGAGCAUUUAUAAUGUACAGCAGGGAGUUUAUCUGAGAAGUCACUAACACUUGUGAGAACAACAACAAUAGGUUCAGGCAAUGUUUGAAAUUGCAUUUUAUUGGAUCUGUUUAUAAUUGUAGACUUUAAUCAGAUUCUGUUAAUGAAGGUAUGCCAUUAAGUGAAGAAUUUUUAAUCACUGACUUUGUUGCAUGUAAAUAUUGGUUGUUAAAAUGUUUUUGUUAAGCGAACGGACCAAAACAAAAGGUGUAAUUUUGUUAUACAUUAUUUUAUCACCAUCAUGUAGCCCAGUAGUGCCAAUGAUUUGUGUAAAUAGUUUCCUUAUACACUUGUCUGUUUUUCUAUGCAUGAUCAUAGCCUUUGUGUCGUCAUCCCUGUAAGCAUUAUAAAUGCAAAGAUUAAGUUUUGUCAUAGCUCUAAAACAUUCAAGAUAUUUAGAUGGAAUAUGGUAUACAUUUUAAUUAUGACAUCACACAUAUGCAUUAAAGAUAUUAAGAUGAAAGUUGGAACACAUGUCACAUAUAAUAAACAAGAAUGCUUUCAAGAUAUUUAGUUGAAAUUUGGUACCCAUCUUAAUUAUGACAAUACACAUAUGCAUUAAAGAUAUUUAGAUGAAAUUUGGUAUAAAUAUUCAUUAUGACAAAACACAUAUGGAAAGCAGGUUCCAUCAUUCUGAUAAAAAUAUUUAACUGAGUAAAAAAGAUGAGCAUUGAGAGGCCACUUGACGGUGCUCUUGUUUAAUAUUUGAUGUACUUCAGGAUUUUAACCUUUAGUUGAUAGGGCGUUUUAAAUUACUCAAAAAAGUUAAAGAAUGAAGUGUUUAAAUGUGUUGUUAUUUUAUUAUGAGUGAGCAUAGAUCAUUUUGAACGUUUUUCUGUGAUAGUAAAAUGGUGAUAUUAGUUAGAUGGUAUGUAAGUAGUUGAAGAAAAUACUUAUUGAGAUGUCAGUGUUACAAGGGCUCUGCACAAUAUGGACCUUACUCCGUAUGGAAAUAGAAGGAGCUAUGUUUGUCUUGUACAGACAGAUUCCACAGUUUGGUUGUUUGAUUGUAAGUUCUAUAUGAAGUAGAUACUGUGAGAUUUUGUUAGAAAUAACCAUAGAUUUUGAGAGAAAAAGUUUAUGCUAAGCAUACCGAUGGAAUAAAGUUUAGAAGGAAUGAAUACUUACCAUUCAAGUAUAAUUUACUGCAUGCCAAUUUUAGUAAAAACAGAAUGUUGCAUGUUGAUAAAAAAUACUCUUUAAUUUGUAUUCCAUAUUGCGAAGUACUUGUAUAUCUUUUCUUUGUGAAACAAAGGGCCUACAUGUAUAUGUUUAUUGAUGUCUAUUCCUUGAGAGUUAAGAUAGCUAAAGUUUAGCCUAUUUCAGAUGAUAUGGUUAUUCCUAGUGACAAUAUUUGGAACAUCUUUGCUAUUUCAUAUUGAUCCAGUUUGCUGUAGUAUUUUGUAUUGAUAGCUGUCAUUCAACAUUUAUAUUAAAAAGGAAUAAAAUGCUAGUUUAUA